AAAUCAUUUAUUUUAAAAUAUGUUAAAGUUUAACAUCAUUUUAUUUGAUAUAUAACAUUCAGAUGAGCCAACAGCAGUGGAUAAGACUACACCUGUUUCCCCAGUAUCUGUCAGUGGACGGCUAUCUUCAACAAAAAUGUCACCGGCAAAAGAUUCGUACUGGUUUGCCCAUGCUGCCGAACCCAGAGAGAUAUUUCGUCCUUUGACAAAAAUUCCUUCUUCAGAGAAAGAUGAUUCAUCAUCCACACAAGAUCACACAUCUCCCUCACAUAAAUCUGCAGAGAAAAGCACAGACCUUCAUUUAGAAGGUGUGAGUCCAGUGGAGAAAUUGCAAGUUCCACCCAGAGCUACCACACCAAACCGUCUUGAUUCCUAUUGGUUUGCUCAUGGUGGUGGAAAUGAUCUUUCUUCACCAUUGGGAGAUCAUGCUAGUGAUUCUGGUUUUUCAGAAGGAAAAGACUCUUCCCCUUCAACUUUGCAGAGAGAGAGGAAAGAUGAUCUUUCUAAAAGAAGAGAACGUGAGAAGGAUUUAAAUGGCUAUGAAGCUUUGAGAAGUCCUCAAAAGUCAAAAUUACACAUUAAUAAUUUAGAUAGAAGUCAAAAUAUUGAUUAUGUUAAUCAAAAGAAGCAAAUGAUUGAAGAAAGAAAAGGUUAUAUUUGGGAUACAGAAAGAGAUAGGAAAGAUGGCAUUUUAAAACAAAGUUUUGAACAAGAAGCAAAACUUGAAGCAAGGAGAAAUGCUCAGAAAAAUUCUUUAUCAUUUGCUUUUGGAAGUUCUGGCAUAGAUAACAAUAUAGCCUUUAGUGAUGGUCAUCAACCCUAUCAUGGGUCUGAGAUACUCUUCCCUAUCAUACGGCAUAUAGAUGACAAAGAUGUUAUAGGUUCUAAAACUCAGGACACUUCAUCUUAUAAUUUAAUACAAAAAAUUGUAGAUACCAGUAUUUCACCAGUAGCUUCAUCAGAAUAUCCUCAAUACGAAAAUAGACAGAGGAAAAGAAAUUGUUUGUCAUUUGCCUCUAAUCAAACUAGGGCAUGUCUGACAUGGUCAGAUUAUGUACCAUUAUUGACAACCACAAAAGAGAAUGACAAUGACUGUAUGUCAAGGAGUAUGAUUAUUAAUUCAACAAGUGUGCGUGGACGCAGAAAGACAGACUUAGUUCCAGCAGUGCCUUGGAGCAGAGCUACCGUUCCCCGAACAACUUCUCCAGGUAAUCAAGGAAAACGUUCAGUCAGCAUGAGCAGACUUGACCAGCUAGCUCAGCCACGCCGACAUUAUGUUGAGGCACGUCAGGAGAUUGGUAAAAAUGCUUCAUCCAGUGGAUCGCAAUCUUUUUCCCCAAGUAUGAGUAAAAGCAUGUAUAAUGUAAAUAGCCAUAGACUUGCUAAUAGAAAACUUAACUGUGCUAAUAUGAGUGCUAUGUCCAAAAGCAUGUUGCAUUUGGCUAAUCCUACUCCCAUUGCUUCAAAUGUAAGUUGUGCUUCUGUAAAUGUUCAGUCAUGUUUGCCUGUGCAUUCUUCUCUUGCCAAUAGCAAACGUUUGUCACAAAGCAUGAUGCAUUUAAGUGUUGCUCCUCGUCCCACCCGAGCUUCACGUCUCCGUGCAGAAGCCCUUGCUGCUGCCCGUGAAAAAGGAUUUUCGUCUUCUAUGUUGUUGUUGAACAAGAAUGAUGCAUUUGGUUCUAAAUUGUCUCUUGCCCCAGCCAUGCGUAAGGAAGUAUCUCAUUCUCCAGCUCGACCACGUAGUUCUCUUUCUACUGCAACUGAACCCUCUGUGCAGACUCAGCAACCAAAAGUUACUAUGCGCCAGAAAACAACAAAAUUAAAACCUCGGCCCAUUAGCAUUGCUGGAACAAUACCAGAUCAUUCGUUAAAAAGUUCUGUUACUGUUCCAAAAGAACAACAAAGGCCAAGUAGACCAAUUGAAAAGAAAGCUUCUGGAUCAGCUGCUAAACUUUCAGUAGCUAAAGUUACAUCAAAACCUCCAGUAGCUCAAAAACCAAGUCCAACAAGUGCAACAAUUGUGGAAAAGAAGGAUAAUGAUAGCAAGUUUGAUCAUAGCAUUUCUCCUCAGCCUGUAAGCUUGCCUCCACAACCAAAGACUGUUGAACAAACUGUUGAACCAGUUAGAAAAUCUCCUUCACCUCCAAAUAUUCCAGAAAGUAAUGAAGAGGAAAUUACUACUUUAAAUAAGCCCAGAAUUACUUCUGAAGAAGAAGCAAAAGCUGCACUGCAGGAAAAGAGACGAUUAGCAAGAGAACAAGCAGAAAGAGAGGCAGAAUUAGAAAGACAAAGACAGGAGGAAUUACGUCGAUUAGAAGAAGAAAAAAGAAGGAAAGAAGAAGAAGAGCAGAAAAGAUUAGAAGAGGAACAACUUAGAUUAAUGGAAGAAUUAAGACGGCAAGAAGAAGAAAAAUUAAAGAAAGCAAUUGAAGAGAGGGAGAGGAGAGAACAAGAGGAACAGAAGAAAAGAGAAGAGGAAGAAAAAUUGAAGGCAGAAAGAGAAGAACAGGAGCGGAAAGCACGCGAAGAAGCAGAAAGACAACAUAAGGAAUUAGAAGAGAGAUUGAAAAGAGAGGAAGCUGAGAGAGCUGAAAGAAAAAGGAGAGUAGAACAAAUAAUGAGUAGAACAAGAGGAAAAGCUGGUCAACAGCAACCGGAACCAUUGGAGAAACCUGUAAGCAAUAAUAUACUAACAGAAACCACAUUAAAAUUAGCAGCUUCUGGACAGAUACCUUCAAGUGUUCUAUUAGCCAUAUCGUCCAUUCAGGACAAACAGAAAGAUGAUGCUCCAAACAACAAUGUGUUGUCUGAGAAACUAAGUGACAAUAAAAAGGAAAGCAGUGUAGAGAAAGAACAAACUGUUGUAGAUUCUAAAAGUGUUGAAAUAAAUGGCAAAAAGUCUUCAGUCACAACAGAAAGCACAUUACCUGUAGAGAAUUUUAAUAAGGUGACACCUGACUCCAAACAAAGUUCAUUUAUAAUGAUAGACAAUGAUAAAGCUAGUGAUAAAAUUGAUAGCUGUGAUACAUCUGAAUGUAAAGUAAAUGCUGCUGACAUUCAAACCAAUGGAUAUAACAGUAAUGAAGAAAAGGAAGUAGAAUGUGUCAAAAGGUAA